CUUCCCUCCAGCUUUUGGUGUCCUCCCAGUCACCGUUUUCCACGACAGAUGACAUGUACCUAGAGGGCCGAACAUCAGGCGACCUCCCUAUAGAUGAUGAAGAUGGAGAAGAUGAUGGCUCAGGCUCAGGAUCUGGAGACUUCGCUUACACUGAUGCAGAGGAGUUACUCAGGAUGUUCCUCAACUUCUCUAAGACCACAGUCUCCAAAGAAACCGUUCCACUGCAGCCGGAGCCAACGGCAGACUCUCCUCACAUCCCACCAACCACAGCAGCCGACGGCCAUGUUCACACAGCCACAGAGGAAACGACACCAUACAAAUUCCCUGAUGGCAACAACGGCAAUGAGGAGGUCCCUGGUAUUGGCUCAACAACGGUUGGGUAUCCUGAGCUCAGCUCCACCACUGAACCCACCACACAUGUACCCAUUGACAUUGAAAGCGAAUAUGACGACAAUAGUCUGGAAGAAAACAUUGUCAACAAGGUUGAGGAUGACAAUGAAGAUCUGGGCAAUGAGCGAAGCAGGAUAUAUGACCUGGAAGCUCCUGAAGAGGUGAUGUCUGAGAACUUGUGGGAGAGAACAGACGUUUUGGCAGCGGUGAUAGCAUGCGGAGUGGUUGGAUUCCUGUGUGCAGUUUUCCUCCUCCUCCUCCUCGCCUACCGCAUGAAGAAGAAGGAUGAAGGUAGCUAUGACCUUGGAGACACCAAGGUUUCCUCAACAGCCUAUCAAAAAGCGCCCACCAAGGAGUUUUACGCCUGAACUGACCAAUAGGGACUUUAAAUGUAAUCUGUCACCUGCCAUCAGGGCUGAAAAUGGAUCUAUAAACAGCUGAAGAUGAAUCCUCUUGUUGAAGUUUGAAGUCAAGCACCUCUUCUCUUCUACAGUGCUCCAUAAAUGCUUUUAUUUCUUUCAUCUCUCUUAUCCUCUUCCAUCAUUUUUUUCUCUCCCUCAUGUUCAGGGUUUUUUUGUGAAUAAGAGGUAUUUAGAGAACAAAUAGGACUAUUAAAAAUAGAUUCCUGUAAUUCCAUCCCAGGGAUGGAGUUAGACAUUUAAUUCACAUCCUAAAUUGUAAGAAAAUAAUCUACUUUAAAGUAUCGAUAACACUGUGCCUUUAAACUUACAUAUUUUUUUAAGAUGAAGCAUGUGGGGCUUUACUUGGUUCUGCAUUACAGACAAAUCGAAUGUCUCAUUUAGCGUAACUGGGUAGUCCAAGUUCAAAGGAACAACACGAGGGAGUAAAUGUAUAACAUAUGGGAUUAUUAUAACAAAGAACCUUUAAACGUUGACAUCCUUUGCCCUUUAUUUGAGGUCAGAUUUGCUUAGUUUAACAGCUUGCAUUGUUACAUUUCAUUUUCUGUACGCUUUGCUGAAUCGAAGAUUUUAUGUCACUAUGAAGAAUGAAUAUGUUUUUUUUCCAUAUGCUGCCCAGUAUUGGAGUGAGAGAUUUUGCUACUCUGCAGGUACUUUCUGUAUUUUUUGUUGUUUUCUCACAUAUCUUUGAUACUUGUAGAACUGGCCAAAUAUAAAUGUUCUAUAUUUGUGUUUUUGGAAAAAUAUUUUUAAUUGAUUUUUUUUUUAAGUGUUUGCAUAUUUAGAGAUUAUAUUUCUGUACGCAAAGAGAUUUCAGUCUUUUUAUUCCACUCAUACAGUGUUAACCUUGAGCAGGUAAAAGCUCCUCAGCCUUGUAUCUGUCCAACAUUAGAAAUAUUUUCAGGAGUUUUUAUUUUUGGUGCAGCAAAUGUGGGACAGCGUUGCUAAGGUAGAGCCAAGGUUAAUCACUAUCAUUCACAAACCGUAGAAGUGACCAGUGUUGUCCGACACGAGCCAAAGCACAUUCCUGUCUUACUGUCAGCUGUGUACAGUUGUAAUGACGGGUUCGACGUUAAAGGGACAGAGGCAGCAUUGUUUUCUACAGUUUAUAGAGUCACUUUAUUCAAAUAUGAUCGUUUAAAGAUUUGUUUCUUCCUACAUGUCAUAAGCAGUGUACACCAUCAGGAGUUUCCAACUCUGUAAUGAUGACAGUGCCAGUCUGAAUGUAACCAUGUCAGGUUUUAAACAUGUUUCCUAAUUCUAAGUCUAUACCUCAACCAGCCAACCAGAGGUGUGUUGGAUCCUCUAGAGCUUUAAUAAGGACACAGUUAACAAGGCGUUAUUUCCUCUUGUUAGCACAUACUUUUUUACUUGUGAAUACCAUGUAAGGAAGUAUAUUUUAGUGGAAAUAUUUGGGAUUUGCACCAUGUGUAGACUGAGGAAUUUUAUUCAGCUCCCUACUGCUUAUUAUGUGUUAAAGAGGAACACUUUUUACAUCAGCCUCUAAUUUAGAUUGGAGAAAUGUUGUCUUGAAGCUCCGUUGGUGGCCGUACAUUCUUAAUGGGUUGGUGAAAUUUGGUUUAUCAAGAUGACUGAGUGGAUGAUACAAACAAAGAGGUGGGGGUUAAUUGGUUAAACUAUGAUUUGACCUGCCGUUAACACAUUCGUAUUAAAAUGACAUUGAUUUCAGAGUUUGCCCUGAGUUUGUUGACUUUGAGUUAAAUGUUAAUAAGAAAUGUUAAAUCGUUUGUUUAUUUUCCGUUGUUAAAGCUCACUGCCCCAUCUGUUGUAGAAAUGUUUGUUUAUUUUAACAGUUUGACUACCUUCAUGUCUGAUGCCACAUCUAUCUUUAAUGCUUAAAAUCAAGGCUACUUAAUAGUUUUUUUAUAACUGCCUUGGUCAUAAUAGAUUUAUAGCUGACUAUCUGAAUUCAAAUGCAAACUACCUAUUUACUAUGGCUGGAAUAAACAGGACGAUCUGAUCACUGACCCUAAGUGACUAACUGUUGAUAACUUGAUAUUUGUUGGCCUCUUGAAUCCUCAGUGCCUUGCAAUUCAUUGUCUACAUUAAUGCAGUAUUAGUGUCAUGCUUUGACCUUCACGCCGUACAGAAGUUCUCUGUUGUCAGACAUGAAUAAUACCUAUAAGGUUUUAAGACACUGCAGUGCUGGCAAUCCAACAGACAAUAACUUUCCUCUUCUUUGAUCUCUGUAAGUUUAUAUGAUAUGUACAUGUUACCAUAAUUUAUAUGUAUUAAUUUAUACUUGCAAAGACUAUAGUCCAAGUUAGUUUGUCAGUGAUAAAUUGGUAUUGUACAGUAUUUACUCAUGGUCAAGGCCUCUUCAUGCCUACUGCUCAGUUUGUUUUUUCAAAUUUGUUUGUCAAAGUAUUUCAAAGAUAAACUUUCGUUUAGUUUUUUUUUCUCUGAAUGGCUUUAAAAAACAAUUAAAGUUAAAAAAA